UUUGAGUAUCUCAUUGAGAUCAUUCAAAACAAUGGACCUGAAACCUUAAUUAUAGCAACCGCCAUCAAUUUGGCUGAAGUCAUUUAUCUUGUGCCGGACCCGACCAAAAGCAGUCAAAGAUCCACGUCGCCAUCUAUCAACAGCAAUGAGAACUUCACCCGAAGUAUUGCGGAGGUAACAGGCUUUAACAGAACUGCUUCAACACUCAUGUUAGCACUAGAAGACGAGCUCUAUGGUAACAUAAUGACAGGCUUCGAAAACUUCUGGGAAGUAUUUUUUAUCGAUAAAGCCUGGUCUGACCAGACCUUGCGGAUCUGGGAGUGCUAUGAAAUGUAUGAGAUCGAGGGAGUAAAUAAUUUAGCAGGAGCCCAGGCGUCAAAAUCUUUGAAAAAAGAUAUAACUGAAGAUGAAAUGUGGGACUGGCUGUAUUUUUUCAGAGACAAUUUUCUGAAUCAGCUUACAGAUCAGCCCUCUGAGCCAUCGGACAGGAUUUCAACUCUUAUCAAAGAAACGAAAGGCACUCAGCUGCGGAGUAAAUACUGUCGCACAAAAUUUCCACGCGAGAUGCAGGGAUCAACCAAUCAGAGGCAGGUUGACUUUCUCAUAGAAAGUAUCGAAGUGCCUAGUGCUGAGGAACAUCAAUGGAAGGACGUAAGAGUUCUGGGGGAGUUCACCAAAUUAUCUUACUCAUCCGCUAGGAAAGAAAAGUUUCUCCAGCUGUCUAGACUGGUCCUAGAAGUUUUCUCUACACAGCCCCUUCGGCAUUUUGUACAUGGAUUCUGUUUGUUCAAAGAAGAUUUUCAACUAUGGGUUUUUAACCGCUCGGGUGCAUAUAGCUCGGGCCCUUUAAGUUUAACUGCGGAUAAGGAGAAUUUUGUGCGAGCGAUCUCCUCUUACUUGCUGAUGAGUGACCAAGAACUUGGGAUUGACUCGUCUAUUCAACAAGCGAAUGGAAGGUCUUUUAUUACAGUUUCUGAUAAGGAUCUUAAAGAGUCAAGGGAAUUCGAAGUUAACCCUGCACCUAUCUUCAAGUUAGGGACAUUGGUCACUUGUGGCACUACCUGCUAUGAAACGUUAAAUAAAAGCGCUGUCGUGAAAUACUCGUGGGUCAGGACUCCAGGUGAAUCUGAAAAGGAUUUCUUGCGUGAAGCUCGCGGGACAGAAGGUGUGGUCCAAUACAUUCUGUCGGAUGUAAUCUGUAAGAUCAGUGAUCACCUGAGAGAUCUCAACUUUAGCAAAGCAAAAAGUUGGAACAUGAGAGGCCUAGAUCAUUUUAUCUCCAGGGGAAAAGAUGUAAUGACGAUUCCCACACCCAUAUUGAGAGAUCGAGAGCUCACCAGAAUUGUUCUCACACCUCGUGGUCGCAGUCUUCGUUCUUGCAAGACAAUAUUUGAGUUUCUCGUUGGAAUCAGGGACGCUAUCUUGGGACACCGACGCCUCUACCUUGAAAAGAAACUACUACAUGGUGAUGUUUCAGACGGUAACAUAAUUCUGGUGUCUACUGGUGGUAGAACCCAAGGGGUAUUGAUCGAUCUAGAUCAUGCUGUGAAGACCGAGAAAGCUCAGGGCAAGGAUGAAAAUCUCACACUGACAGGCACUUUGAAGUUCAUGGCGCUUGAAAGACUAUUAUCAGCUGCAACGUCUGGGCGGACCAUAAAACGUACGUACUUUCAUGACCUUGAAUCAUUUUUUUACAUCUUUCUUGUUGGCUGUGUAGAAUAUGAAUAUUGCGAUGGAUCGAAGAGGUUGGAUAGUAUGCGGUACUGGGCGACUAAAAGCAAAACUAUAAAUUUCUCUACCAAGUAUACCCUUGUAUCGAUAUUGGAUGAUACUUCUUCUCAUGGAUUCACGCCAAGUUUUUUGGACUUGAAAGACUUGGCCAUUAAUCUGCGAACGAUAUUGUUUGGAGAGGAAGGAAUCAACUUCCAAACUCCUGAUGACCACGAACCCAUUUACAGAAAUAUGAUUAUGGCAUUCAAUCAAACUAUUGAACAGAUUACAAGUGAGUUACACUGA